AUGAAGACGAAGAACAGCUCGUCACAGUCAGAGUUACCACAAGACACACGUGCAGGACGACAUGAUGAUGAUGAUGACCUACUCCAUGGUCCCGGUGAGUUCAAAGCCAACAGAUCUAGUGGUGACAAAUACUAUGACUAUGAGUGUGCACCGUGGGGCUGGUCUACAGCUGAUGGAGACACCGCUCCUGAACUCCUAAUUUAUUUGUCUUCUUCCUGUUGUUCAAAGAUCAAACUCCUGGUUGACAUCUGCAACAGUACCAGAGGAGUCUGUUUAACUGGGCCUCCAGGACCUCCAGGACCUCCAGGACCUCCAGGACCUUCAGGACUACCUGGUCUGCCAGGUCUGAAUGGUACCAACGGCCCCCCAGGUCUGGACGGGCCGCCUGGAUCUGAGGGGAAAAGAGGAAAAAAAGGGCCACCAGGUGACACUGGAGAACCUGGUGAGAGAGGAGAGAAGGGAGAACCUGGUCCACCUGGAGAAGACGGACAACCAUCUAAUGAGGUCAUCGUUAAAGGCCCUCCUGGUCCUCCUGGUCCUCCUGGUCCUCCUGGUCCAGAAGGUCCUCCUGGUCCCAUGGGCCCUCCUGGCCCACAGGGGCCUCCUAGAACAAGACAUCACAAAGCCCACCUUCAGGCGACUCAAACAUUCAGCCUGUCACAGGCAGCCCCCCGUGAUGAAACACCAGCAGUGAAGGAGGACGACCAUCAACACUUCAAGCCCACGAAGAAGAACGCAGGUUGUCUGAUCAAGUCUCUCAUCAACCUCAGGAACGUCACCAAGAUGGAGACCACGUUUGGGACGUGGAUGAAGGACACAGCGGUGCUGAACGAUGAGAGGAUAUGGGUGGCUGAACACUUCUCUGGUCGAGUGAUAAAGGAGUAUAAGAGCAUUGGAAGCUUCCAGAACAACAACAGCAAUACUGUCGACGUCAGGAAGUUCUACCAGGGCUGUGGUCACAUCGUCCACAAUGGUUCCUUAUACUAUCACAUCGCUGGUACUUCCAGUAUUGCUAGAUUUAACUUUGACACCAAGAGGCUCCACACCCUCACCAUCGACAACGCCUUGCACCAGAACCUGGCCUACCUGCUCUACAACUCCAAGACCUACUUCAAACUGGCGGCGGAUGAGAACGGCCUGUGGCUGAUCUUCGCUUCCAGCUCUGACGAGAACAUCAUGGUGGCCCAGCUGGACCAGAAGACCUUCUCCGUCACCACCUACAUCAACACCACCUACCCACGCACCAAGGCUGGGAACGCCUUCAUCGCCUGCGGCGUCCUGUACGUCACGGACAGCAAAGACACCAGAGUGACCUUUGCCUUUGACCUGCUGAAGGAGAAGCCCGUGAACAUGACCUUUGAACUCAGGUCCCCAGGUGGGGUGCUGGCAAUGCUUUCUUACAGCCCGAAGGAGAGACACCUGUACGUGUGGGACCACAGCUACGUCCGGCUCUACGUGGUCCACUUCAUCUCGGAUGAGUGACGGAGUUUGGCCCGCUGACGACACAACAACGUCACAGGUUAAAGCUAGCGAUGUCCGAUAAUAUCGGCUGACUGACAUUAUCGCACAUCCCUAGUUAAAGCUUUCCUUAGAGAAACGCACAGAUUCUCCUGCAGUCGCCCGUCAUCUGUUGUGAAAAAAUUAACUUAAUGUUAUUUUUUUAAUUUAGAUUUAGGUUUUGCUGUAUUUAUGUGUUUGAGUUUCACAUGGUUUUGUAUUUAUUAACAGUGUGAAUUGGAGUCAAGGGUCAAAGGUCUUUCUCAGUUCUCUUCCUUUUCUACCUUUAUUUAAGCGACCUAUUUAUUGUCGUAAAGAACAAUAUUGUUUUGAAGUAUUAUGGUAACAGUAUAUGACACGUUCUAUCAACCAAGCAUGACUGGUGUAGUUCUUGUAGAACCCAAGACCAGAACCUGAUAAAUGUAGAACCCAAGACCAGAACCUGGACAUAAAUCACUGAUAAAUGCAAAUGCAAAAACACAAAACCGCUAAAAAAACCCACUCCUCAUUUAGAGACCAACGUCGUACGCUGUUAUAUUACUUUGUAACACCA